AUGCCCACACGUGGCAGCUCCUCACUCCCCGACCCGACAACUCCCAGAGACUCCAUAUGGUCACGUUUAGCUGAAUCUCUAAUCAGCCGCUUCCUUGGGCUCUAUGAGGAUCUCGAUUUCCGCGAGUGGCACGCCUUCCAGCGCAUCCUGGCUCUCGCGCUAUCACUCGCUUCAAACAUCUUUCUCAUGAUUUUCAGACUGCACGCACGCGACGAUGGUUUUAGUUGGACAGAAAUGGGCUUUUUCACAGCUAGUAUCAUAAACAUUAUAUUUCUCAGAGCAUGUCAUAAAGACUACCAAUUAUUUAGCAGACCGGCAAAGGAAAAGCCAAAUAGCGAGCAUGCACACCUUGUCGAUGUUUACCCGAGAAACAAUAGAACCACUGAUUCACUAAUAGCUGCCGCCUUGGCACUGUUGCUUGACAAGUUUGCAAAAAAAAAAAAAAAAGAGACCAACGACGCCGAUGAUGAUAAAAUAUGGGAGUUAAGAGUAUGGAAUCCGAAUACUUUCUACAUCAGCUUAUUUUCUUAUUUUCCGCCUACAAAUAUAUUCAUCAUUCACUCUAUGAAUACGCACAACUGGCCGUUUCUACUUGUCGCUCUUGUAUUCACAACAGCACAGGCUUGCCUUUUGGCGUCAUUGUAUUCCGGGUACGUCAAAGACAAGGAAGUAUUAUACGCCGAAUCACAGAUAGAAUACGAUUCGUGUUUUGUCAAACGCAAAUUAUUUACUCUCAAGGUUGAUGUCACUACACAAACUAUUGGAGAGGUCAGUUGGGAUUAUUUAUACCCGAAAGUCGAUAACUUCAAUGUAAUAACUGGAAUACCAACAGGACCGAUGGAGAUAACGCCUAGUGGGAAUGGGCAUUACACAGAUGGUCUGCUGAGCAGCAGAGUUAUCGAACAUCCGAGAAAGACGAAUGGGCACAAUCCAGAAGAUUUUACAAAUAACCCUUGGGCUGAUAUGGGUAUACUCGAUGGGCCCGUUCCUCUGGAUUCUUUAUUUACCAAACACGAUGAAAAAAUAACUCACUCUUGGACACUUCAGGUUGAAACUGAAGUAGAAGUCUACAAGUUAUAUAAGGAAGUCCAGGACACUGACAAUCUGAGCAACGUUACUCUGGAGAGAGAACGUCACUUGAAUUACUUGUUGAGCGGAUCAAAAGGAUUGAACAAGUAUUUCGUGGUCCUUGAUGCUAGCAGACCAUGGAUCUGUUAUUGGGUUGUGCAUGCUUUGGACAUUCUUGGACACACGAUUGAACCCGAUUUCAUGCAAGGUGCUAUCGACAUGCUUUCCAAAUAUCAGAACCCGACAGGAGGCUUUGGUGGCGGAUUCGGUCAGCUUUCACACCUGGCUGCUUCAUAUGCUGCCGUUAAUGCUUUGGCUGUUCUUGGAACCCAAGAAGCUUAUGACAUAAUUGACAGAGAGAACCUUUACCAAUGGCUUUUAAGCCUAAAGCAGCCCGAUGGAUCUUUUAUCAUGCACAAAGGAGGAGAAGUUGAUAUACGUGGUGUUUACUGCGCUCUCUCUAUAGCAGUACUGACUAACAUACUUACACACGAAUUGAUCGAAGGAACUCCAGAGUGGAUAAAAAAAUGCCAAACAUACGAAGGCGGUAUUGGUGGUGUUCCCGGUAUUGAAGCACAUGGUGGAUACGCGUUCUGCGGUCUGGCUGCGAUGGAACUUAUGGGAGUUUCUGAAAAACUGGAUGUCUCCAAGUUAUUACGAUGGGCCGUCUCUCUACAAAUGCCACUUGAAGGCGGGUUCCAAGGUCGACCAAACAAACUUGUUGAUGGAUGUUAUUCCUUCUGGGUUGGUGGGCUGUAUCCAUUGCUCGAAACGAUCAGGCUGCGUCAAAAAUUGAGGGAAAAGAAAACAAUCAAGCCAUCGGUGUGUCAACUAUUGUUCAAUAGAGAGGCUCUUCAAGAAUACCUCCUUAUUGCAGCCCAAUAUCAACAGGGUGGUCUUGUGGAUAAACCACCAAAAGGGCCAGAUUUUUAUCAUACUUGCUAUUGUCUCAGCGGAUUGUCAACUGCGCAAAAUCACGUCGUGUACGACAUUGAAAAGGCAUCCGAUUUAGAAAGACAAGGAAAACUUAAUGCUGCAGCAAGAUCUCUAUUGUGGGCUGAAGACGUUUCAGGGAGACUCGUCAUAGGGAAAGAGGAGAAUCUCGUGAAAGCUGUACACCCAAUUCAUAAUUUAACGAUACCAAAGGUUCAUAAGAUAAUCAACUAUUUCGUGACAAAGGAUACCAAUGCAAUACCAUCCCUUUAA